CUGUUCGAGAUGUGAAGACAGGUCCCAGUUGGGUGAGGACUUCGGGAAGGCCCGCCCAGGUUCGGCCCUCCCCCUGUCCCCCGCCCUUCUCCUCUGGGCCUGGGGCGCGGGCGAAGCGGGGGCCGGCAGGCACCGAGAGGCGCCGGCGGGACUGAGGCCGAAGCGGGCGGUGGAGGCGGGGCUGGGUGGCCAAGCAGCCAUGCCUACGUGGGGGGCUGGCUCACCGUCCCCUGACCGCUUUGCUGUGUCUGCGGAGGCUGAGGACAAGGUGCGGGAGCAGCAACCGUACGUGGAGCGCAUCUUCAGCGUGGGGAUGAGUGUCCUCCCGAAGGACUGUCCUGACAACCCUCACAUCUGGCUGCAGCUGGAGGGCCCCAAGGAGAACGCCAGCAGAGCCAAGGAGUUCCUGAAGGGUCUUUGCAGCCCAGAGCUGCAGGAUGAAGUCCACUAUCCACCCAAACUGCAUUGCAUCUUCCUGGGAGCCCAGGGCUUCUUCCUUGAUUGUCUGGUCUGGAGCACAUCAGCCCACCUUGUCCCAGGGCCCCCCGGUUCGCUGAUGGUCAGUGGCCUGACCGAGGCCUUCGUCAUGGCUCAGAGCAGAGUGGAGGAGCUGGUGGAGCGGCUGAGCUGGGACUUUCGGCCAGGGCGAGCCCCUGGAGCCUCCCAGUGUGCUGGAGUGCUGAGAGACUUCUCGGCCCUGUUGCAGCCCAGUGGGGAUGCCCACAGAGAGGCCCUGCUGCAGCUGCCCCUAGCUGUCCAGGAGGAACUGUUGAGCCUGGUGCAGGAGGCAGCCAGGGGGCAGGGGCCCCAGGCACUGCCCCCCUGCGGCGGGGGGAGCCCCGGCCCACUGGGUGCUCAGUACCAGGGCGUCAGAGCUCCCUCGAGUGAAGGCAGGGAGUCCCUGGACCCUGGACCUACGGGGUGGCGAGAGUCGAGGGGAGAGAGACAGGUUAUGGAGAAGGAGGGAGGGAAGCAGGGCGGUCCCAGGGAGAUGGAUUUGGGGUGGAAGGAACUGCCUGGGGAAGCGGCUUGGGAGAAAGAAGGGGCCUUCAGAUCACAGUCAGGAGGAGGAAUGGCAGGGCAGGUAGGGCCCCUGACAGGAAAGGCCCUGGGCAAGGGGGGGGUGCUUCAGGACAGAGGAAGGCUGGUAUGUGUCCAGGGCGAGCCUCUUGGUGCCCAGGGCCCCUGUCAGAGGGCAGCUCAGCCCCGGGGAGCCUCCCUCCUGCAGCGGCUACACAACGGGAAAGCCUCACCUCCGAGGGUGCCUAGCCCUCCACCUGCGCCCGAACCCCCGUGGCACUGUGGAGACCGAGGAGACAGGGGAGAUAAGCAGCAGGUCGCAGCGCGAGGUCGUGGGUCUCCGUGGAAACGAGGCUCGCGCGGGGGCAACUUGGUGACCGGCACGCAGCGUUUCCAGGAGGCCCUGCAGGACCCUUUUACCCUGUGCCUUGCCAACGUCCCCGGCCAGCCAGACCUCCGUCACAUUGUCAUCGACGGCAGCAAUGUGGCCAUGGUGCACGGCCUCCAACACUACUUCUCCAGCCGGGGCAUCGCCAUUGCUGUGCAGUACUUCUGGGACCGGGGCCACCGGGACAUAACCGUCUUUGUGCCUCAGUGGCGCUUCAGUAAGGAUGCCAAGGUCAGAGAGGGCCACUUCCUGCAAAAGCUGUACUCCCUCAGCCUGCUCUCCCUCACUCCCUCCCGAGUCAUGGAUGGCAAGAGGAUCUCCUCAUAUGAUGAUAGGUUCAUGGUGAAGCUGGCCGAAGAGACCGAUGGGGUCAUUGUCUCCAAUGACCAGUUCCGGGACCUGGCGGAGGAGUCUGAGAAGUGGAUGGCGAUCAUCAGGGAGCGCCUGCUGCCUUUCACUUUUGUGGGAAACCUCUUCAUGGUUCCUGAUGACCCGUUAGGGCGAAAUGGCCCCACACUGGAUGAGUUCCUGAGGAAGCCAGUCAGGGCACAGGGGGCUUCUAAGGCUCAGCAUCCUUCCAGGGCCAUCGCAGAACCCGGUCAGCAGCAGCAGCAGGGGAGAGAAGAGGAGGAAAAAGGCAGCAGUGGCAUCCGGAAGACCCGGGAGACUGAGCGGCUGCGGCGCCAGCUGCUGGAGGUGUUCUGGGGCCAGGAUCACAAGGUGGACUUCAUCCUGCAGCGGGAGCCGUACUGCCGGGACAUCAACCAGCUCUCCGAGGCCCUGCUGAGUCUCAACUUCUGAGCCUCCCCUGCCUGACUGCCUGCCUGCCACCCAGUCAGCUCCAGCCUGGCCCGGCUCGGCUCUUUCUGUGAGGGUCCUUGUGCUGCUCAGACCCUGACCUAGACUCACUCUGAGUUGGUGGGACUUGAUCUCAUCUUGAGUCAGGACCUCAGAUAGCUCUCAAGAGGUUCUGCUCAGCCUUAAGUUCUCAACCUUGCCAUAGC